AUCAUCAUGACCAAUAUAGCUAUCAUAAUCGGAAUAGCGAAAUCAAAACAAUUCACUGACGGCGCAUCCUCGAAAGAUGUUAAUGAGAGAAAGACUCUGAUUAAUCUACUUAUUGUCUCAGCUAUGUAUGUUGUUUUCAUGACACCAAACUCGGUCAUGCUUAUAAUAAUCUUCAAUCAACCACAGGAAGUUGAUGGAACCUACAUCACUCUACUUAAAAAUUUCUUCAAAAUUUUCUCUCAGAUAAGUUAUUUCAAUUAUUGUCUUAACUUUGUCGUGUAUGGAUUUUCUUUGCCGUUCUAUCGCAAGGAAAUGGCGCGAAUGUUUUACUGGUGUCGACAUUCUGAGCGUAAAUCCUUGUCCUAACAUCCAUCCUUUUCAUGUCGUUUUCUAUUCUAUGUUCAUUUUGAUGAUAGCGAGGUUUCGGAAGCCUUACGAAGAGCUACGAACGACGAUGUCCGAAGUCAAGUAAAUGUAUUUUAUCGACGAUUUGUCUUGAAAUGAAAAAAAUGGCCGCUGAUGUAAGGACGUCCGCAGAAAUCGUUCCAAUGUAUUUUAAACUACGACACUGGUAUGAUUUGAAGCUUGAUGUCGAUCUAUCUUAAUUCACUGUAUGUUUGAAGUUAAUGAGAUGUAACUAUCCACAUACACAGAAAGACUAGAAGUGUUAUGAGACAUGUUUGUAAAUUAUCAUUCAACGUGUUUUCAUAAUACAGAUAAAAGCGAUUUGAUAAGCGAUUGACCUACAUCAACAUCAAUAGGCCUUGGCAUGAUUGGAACUGGUAGAUGAAUAACUUGAUACAACAUUGCACAUGUUUCAUGCGUGCUUGACAGCGGUAAUCGUACCAACUGUCCACCGAAUUACUAUUUCUGCACUGCAGCUGACAGCUGUACAUAGACUCUUUACAUGUGGACAUUUACGUAAUGGUUACAAUGCGUCGUCUUGCUUGCGUACAGCAGCACACUGUUUCGUGUAGGCCUACAUGCAGGCGUACUCAACAACACUGUGUAAACGAUUUGACAUGUUUUACAUCAUACCAAAGUCGCUGAUAUACUACAUGUAGUUGGGGCCGACCGGAGGCCCUCAAAACACCAAGGCCGGACAAUUUUGGAGUUUCAUCCCUUGGGCAGACACUUUAUCAGCUUGAUCUAAGGGAAAGAAAUGUCGAAAUGUGGAGAACUGACGACGGGCUUUCUACGGAAGCUUGGCCGGAAAAAGGCUAUACCCAAAGACGUCAUGGAGACGCCCCUGAAGCGAUGUUUGACGACAUCCCAUCUCGUGUUCUUAGGAAUUGGACAAAUGGCUGGUGCAGGGAUGUACAUCAUGACUGGCGUUGUAGCGAAGCAACACGCAGGACCAGCCACUUUUCUGUCCUAUAUUAUCGCGGGCUUCGUUUCAUUUCUCUCCGCUAUGUGUUACGCGGAGUUCGCCGCUAGGGUACCGCGGGCCGGGUCUAGUUACUCGUACGCCUACGUCACAGUAGGGGAGUUCAUCGCCUUUGUCAUAGGUUGGAAUAUCCUACUAGAACACUGCAUUGGCGGAGCGUCCACCGCAAGAGCCUGGAGCGGCUCCUUCGACACUCUCUUUGGGAAUGUUAUAAGGAACUGGACACUAGAGCACGCAAGUUUCCAAGGACAGCCGUCCUGGUUGGCGCAAUAUCCCGACUUCAUCGCGCCAUUGUUUUUAAUCAUAUUAUGCAUAGCUGUCGCAUUCGGGGCGAAGACAUCGGUAAAUAUCAACAUGGUCGUCGCUGUAACGAACAUCAUCUUCACAAUCUUGAUUUCUGUUUUGGGGUAUUAUUACGCGAAACCGGAGAACUGGACUUCAGUUCCGUUCGCGCCAAACGGUGUCGGUGGGGUCGUCGUCGGCGCCUCCAUGUGUGUCUACGCUUACAUCGGCAUUGAUGGUAUUUCUGUCGCAGGGGAGGAGGCGAAGUCCCCUACUAAGUCGAUCCCGCGAGCUAACACCAUCGCACUCAUUGUCGUGACGGUCAUGUACGUAGCGAUGUCCCUGGCGUUGGUUCUCGUGGUCCCGUACACGAGUCUAUCAAUGAGUGCACCUUUUGCGGAGGCCUUUGACAGUUUAGGGCACCGCUGGAUCAAGACUAUCGUAAUCGUCGGGACUUUGAUCGCCAUAACCUGCACCACACUCGGACACACAUUCUCCGCACCGCGAACGAUGUACGCCAUGGCCGGCGACGGAGUAAUCUUCAGAUUUAUCAGUUACGUGAAUCCCCGGACACAGACACCACUUGUGGCCGUUUUGAUUUUCCUCAUCAUAGCUGCGGUCCUGACGGUCCUAUUCAACUUGGAACAGCUGGCAAAUAUGAGUUCCAUUGGGACAAUCCUGACAUUUUUCGGCGUUUCCGCCUGUGUUAUCGUGCUGCGAUAUCAGCCAAGGCAAGGCGAAUGCACUGACGAGACUCAGUUGGUCGACAAUGCUACCGAUAAUGAUCAAAAAAGUGAUCCCGACACCUACGAAAUUUGGAACAAUAGCGGAAGACUAAAACCAAAAUUCAAGGAUUUCCCGAUUCUGAAAAACAUGGCGCCCGGAAGUGCUGUCGUCAUGGCAACCGGUUCCAUGAGUGUCGCCAUGUUGGUUUUGUGUUGUGUUGCGAUUCUAGGAAUGAAACACUUGGCUUCUGGCACCGCCUGGGCCGUUCUAGUGACUAUAUUCUCCGUCCUCUGGUUAGUGGCGUCAUUCACCGUCCUUCUGCUCCAUGAGCAGGACUCUCAGAUCACAACAUACAAGGUGCCCUUUGUACCGCUGCUGCCCUCUAUCAGCAUGCUGCUCAACAUGGCGCUGUUGCUCAACCUUGAAGUUGCCGUUUGGAUUCGGCUUGGAGUAUGGAUGACUGCAGGGUUUUUGAUUUAUUUUGCCUACGGAAUACACCACACUUUUGAAAGUACGAACACACUGACCGUGGCCCAGCCGAAGAAUUAUGCGUCGAUGGAUGAUAGCUGCCAAAACGAAGACCGUCCACGAUCUGAGAAAGGAAAGGAAUCGUAACCACGUGACCGAAGUCGAAGUGAAUGUGAACUUCAGCCGAUUGGCUUAUAGUAGAAUCGGACUGUCCAAUCAGAUAAUAAAUUAUGUGUCUUGACCUACUUUCAAAUGCUGGUACUUGGGGUACAGGGUAGUCCAAAAAAGGGUGCAAUAAUACCGCAAUUUCUUCAAAUACUGUCAUUUGCUAGGGUUUUACUACAAGGGUGGGCACUACUGUAAGAUUUUUUAUCUUCAAGAAGCAUUCGGAAGAUUCAGUCGUUUUCGUCAGAUUUUUUAUUAAUUGAUGAGAUCAUAACAAGCUUCACCCUGCUGUAUCACAGCGGCAACCCUCUC